AUGGAAAACGAAAACGGAACCGCCACAGCCGAGAUCCUCACAGGCAUAGAGUCCUAUUUCCCCAUAAUCUGCGAUAAGAGCGGCGCGCCCGGCUUAUCACUGUCUGUCACCGCCCGCGGGAAAGACGCCUACACGAAACAUUUUGGCUUCCGCGACGUCGAUGCUCAGAAAGUCCCUGAUGGCUCCACGACGUAUUUCAUCGGUUCUUUAACCAAGGCCAUGACAUCAGCCACUGUAGGCAUACUUGUUGAGGAGGGCAAGCUUGAGUGGUCCACUCGCAUCGCCUCCGUCCUCCCCGAGCUUGAAGACGCAUUCGACGGCCUUGGCUCUCUGUUUACAAUCACCGACCUCUUGUCGCACCGCACUGGUGUCGCUAGAAGUGACGGCUUAUGGUUGCAGCGGGCGGGAAACAUUCUUCUCGACAAGUCGACAGGUAUACAGACUUGGACGGCUCAGCCUCGCGUCCGCCACUUCAGAACCGAGUACCUCUACAGCAACUACGCGUAUGACAUGGUCGGCAGAGCCAUUGAGAAAAUUGAGGGGAAAAGCCUGGGAGCCUGUUUCAAGGAGAAACUCUUCGAUCCACUGGGAAUGACACGAACAUCCGCCUACGACCUUCCGAGCAACAACAAUGCAGCCAAGGCGUAUUUCACUCUUAAAGAUGGCUCCCCGGUUGAGGUGCCCAUUCCGACCAUCUCGGAUCAAACACUCAUGGCAGCAGCUGGAUCCGUCCGAAGCUGCACCGACGAUCUGGCCAAGUUCUACACCAACUUCAUGCACGCUGCCAACCACCAAACUGUCAACGACACGACUUCAACUCCAGCAUCUCCUUUCAAGCAGCUGAAGCACAUACUUCACCCUCACAACCAUCUUGGCGAUGCACCUAUUAGUGAACAGUCAUAUGGCCUUGGAUGGGGUCGAGUUGUGCUACCCGCCGUUCUUGGAGCAUUCAACUACAACAAGCACCUGGUUCAUACCAUGCCUGAAAUCGGUGCAGGAAGUCCAAACCGUUUGACAAUCUAUCACGGAGGGAGCAUGCAGGGAUUUACUUGUUGCGUUUACCUUUUACCCGAAACUGAGACAGCCAUUAUCGCUUUGCAGAAUUCGACGGGCCUUGGUGAUGCUUGCGACUGGAUUUCGCAGAUGAUCAUCAACCAACUAUCAGGACCUGGACGCAAACACAUGAAUUUCAAAAGACUGGCCUACAUGGCUGCCAGGAAAGGCACCAAGUUGGCGGAUUGGAUCAACAUUCACCUGAAGAACCGACGAGGGAAAGGCACAAAACCACUAGAGCUCAAAGCCUACACUGGCAAAUAUUGGAAUCAGCUCCAUAACUUUCAUAUCGACGUCAGCGUCGACGACGAUGGGGAUCUACUCAUGACCUUUCAGGGCAUGAAAGACGAAUCAUACAAGCUAAGACACCACCACCACGACUCGUUCGUCUGGAACUUGUCGCAUGACGAGACAGCGAAGCAAGGACGUUUCCAGACGCGUCCUUGGGUAUCUUACCUGAUUGAAUUUGAUUGCGGGGACGAGUCUGGUGCUGAUGGACUGCGAUGGAAAUAUGACGCAGACCAUGAAUCACCAGCCUUUUUCUCUCUUGAGGAGGGCUCCCGUUGA